UUGAAUUCGAUCUCCCUUCCCUAUCCGGCAUCAGCGCGCACCACCACUAGCGAAUCCCGUUUGGUCAUCAAGAAGACGUACGGCUGUCUCCAAUCGAAGUUCCAGUCCCACUCCAACAUCGGAGAGAGAGCACAUGUCAGUCUGACUUGCGAACUCCUUCCCUCUCCUCCUUCCCCCAGGUCAGGAGUCCCAGAUCGUGAAGCCAGCUAUUUUACUCUACUCCCCCCUCACCACGAGUCGGAAUUCAGCCCCGCGCCGCGCGUCGAUCUUAUCCUCCAGUCUGAUUCCAGCUCCGCCCCCGCCUCCACCUCCCCUCUCUCUCGAUCCCUCGCUAUUAAUACAUCCCGGCGGUUCACUCCCGAUCUCCAUCCCUCCCGGCCGGGCCUGCCUCCUCGAUCCUCGGACGAAACGCGCCGCCUUCUUUCUUCGUCCCAGCCUCGCCUCCUGCCCUUUUUAGGUCGCCCGGAUCUCGCUCUCGUCGUCGUCGUCGCGCGCGCGCGCGCGCUUCUUGUUUCUGUCGGCGCCGCCGCGGUGCUGGGAAGGCGGCUCCUUUUCGCGGCCACAACCCACAACACGUCCUCGUGAUCCUAGUACCUUCUUCUUGGAAAAAGUUGCCGCCGCGAUGAACGCGCUCGCCGCCACCACCCGCAACUUCCGGCGGGCAUCGAAGCUGCUCGGCCUCGACUCCAAGCUCGAGCAGAGCCUGCUCAUCCCGUUCCGGGAGAUCAAGGUGGAAUGCACCAUCCCCAAAGACGACGGCAGCUUGGCGACGUUCGUGGGGUUCCGCGUGCAGCAUGAUAACGCCCGCGGGCCGAUGAAAGGCGGCAUCCGCUAUCACAAUGAGGUUGAUCCAGAUGAAGUAAAUGCCCUUGCUCAACUCAUGACAUGGAAGACAGCUGUUGCUGCAGUCCCAUAUGGUGGAGCAAAGGGAGGGAUCGGGUGCUCUCCUGGUGAACUAAGUAGAAGUGAGUUGGAGCGGUUGACACGAGUAUUUACCCAGAAAAUUCAUGAUCUUAUCGGAACGCAUACAGAUGUCCCUGCUCCUGACAUGGGGACCAAUGCACAAACCAUGGCAUGGAUGCUGGAUGAGUACUCGAAAUUUCAUGGUCACUCCCCAGCAGUCGUCACUGGGAAGCCAAUAGAUCUUGGCGGAUCACUGGGCAGGGAUGCAGCAACAGGGCGAGGCGUAAUGUAUGCUACCGAGGCCCUACUCGCUGAAUAUGGAAAAUGCAUUUCUGGAUCAACUUUUGUGAUCCAAGGUUUUGGCAAUGUUGGUUCAUGGGCUGCUCGACUUAUUCACGAGAAAGGUGGUAAGAUUAUUGCAAUUGGGGAUGUGACAGGUUCAAUUAGAAACACGGCUGGUAUAGACAUACCUGCUUUGGUGAAGCAUAGGAAUGAAGGUCAUGCGAUGAAAGACUUCGAUGGUGCGGAAGUUUUGGAUUCAACCGAGUUGUUAGUGCAUGACUGUGAUGUUCUUGUCCCCUGCGCCUUAGGUGGAGUUCUUAACAAGGAUAAUGCACCAGACGUGAAGGCCAAAUUUGUAAUCGAAGCUGCUAACCAUCCAACUGAUCCAGAGGCAGACGAGAUUCUCGCCAAGAAGGGGGUAGUAGUAUUACCUGAUAUAUAUGCUAAUUCAGGUGGCGUGGUCGUUAGCUACUUUGAAUGGGUGCAGAACAUUCAAGGUUUCAUGUGGGAUGAGGAGAAAGUUAACGAUGAACUAGAAAAGUACAUGAGCAGUGCUUUUCAACACAUGAAAGCCAUGUGCAAAUCUCUGGAUUGCGACCUUAGGAUGGGGGCCUUCACCUUAGGAGUUAACAGGGUUGCUCGUGCCACCCUUUUGAGAGGCUGGGAGGCAUGAGACCAUUGACCGCGCAUUACAGAUUCGACAGGCGCAUUCAAUAAUUCGUGUCCAACAACGUUGGAGGAUCAGUGUAUACGGUAAAAUUCAUCCGGCUUGGAAUGAGCCCGUUGAAGGGUGUUGUGCUUGUUGAUCCUGAGUUACCAAUGGUUGGUUCACCAGUUUUUGGUGAUGAUUAGUGAAAAUUUUAUUCAAAACCAUUUUAUUGUAUUUUAGAAAGCUAAUUUGGCCUCGACAGAGUUACUGU